AUCACCGCCAGUACCAAACGACUGUAGAGUGCAAGAGGAGCCAAGGCGGGACAAAUCGACAGAGCAAAAUGGCUGCCCUGACGAUAGACCCGAUGGAGCAGCCUCGGAUGUACCAGCAAACCUUGCUUCAGGAUGGACUGUGUGACCUGUUGGAAAAUGACAAGUUCGUGGACUGUGUCCUUAAAAUCAGCGACAAGGAGUUCCCGUGCCACCGCUUGGUGUUGGCUGCCAGCAGCCCCUUCUUCAAGGCUAUGUUUCUGUCUGACCUGGAGGAGAGCAAGAAGCGAGAGAUCGUCCUCAGAGAUGUUAACCCGGACGUCAUGGGCAUGAUUCUGCGUUACCUGUACACAUCUGACAUUUCUUUAACAGAACAGAAUGUCCAGGAUAUUUUUAUGGUUGCAAAUAUGUAUCAGAUCCCCUCCAUCUUCUCUGUCUGUGUGUCCUACCUCCAAGAGAAGCUGGUUCUGGGGAACUGUCUGGCAAUCUUCAGAUUAGGGCUCCUUCUUGAUUGUCCCAGGCUCACUCUGACUGCCAGAGAGUUUAUCUGUGAGCGCUAUCAGCUUGUUGUCAGAGACCAGGACUUCUUGCAGCUUGGUCCUAGUGAGUUGGCCCUCAUCAUCACCUCAGAUGCCCUGAAUGUUGAGCGGGAGGAGCAGGUGUUCGAAUCUCUAAUGGACUGGGUUGGGCACGAUGAGAAAAGCCGAGUCAAAGACCUGUCUGAGCUGUUGCAUUGUGUUCGCUUCAGACUCAUACCUGUGGAUUACUUCAAGGAGAAAGUUGAACGUCACAAGUACGUCCGCUUCAAUCAAGAUCUCGUGAAGGAGCUGGAUCUCGUGAAGGAUGCUCACAGAGGGUGUUUCCCAAAGCCAAAGAGGCUUUCCAGAGAUGAGGCAAAGGGGGGAGAAGGCAAUGAGGAUGAUGAUGAUGAGGAAGGAUAUUUGCCCGGUAUACUGAAUAACAACCCCCGCUUUGGCAUGUUUGAGAUGGACUUGAUCCUCAUGGUCAGUAACACCGGAACUGUAGCCUAUGAUCUAGUCGGAAACGAGUGCUUCAUUGCAUCUGAAUCUACAGAAAUUCCCAAGAACCACUGCAGCCUGGUUACAGAACAAAACCAGAUAUUUGUUGUUGGAGGACUUCUCUACAAUGAUGAAGAUAAAGAUGAACCAUUCAAGUCUUAUUUCCUGCAGUUUGACCCAGUCAGCUCAGAAUGGCUGGGGAUGCCCUCGCAGCCCAACCCUCGCUGUCUGUUUGGCCUGACUGAGGCUGAAAACUCCAUCUUUGUUGUUGGAGGAAAGGAACUGAAGGAGGGGGAACACGCUUUGAACUCGGUUAUGAUCUAUGACAGACAGUCCUUCAAGUGGGGAGAGUCUGACCCGCUGCCCUAUGAAGUGUAUGGUCAUGGAACCGUUUCACACAAAGGCCUUGUGUAUGUCAUAGGGGGAAAGUCUGAGAGCAAGAAAUGCAUGAGAAGAGUCUGCUGCUACAAUCCGACUAAGUUUGAGUGGAAGGACCUGGCUCCUCUGAAGACGGCCCGCUCUCUGUUUGGAGUCACCGUGCACAACAACCAGAUCUUUGUGGCUACAGGCGUUACAGACUCAGGCCUCACCAGCUCCGUGGAAGUCUACGACAUUGCCACCAACAAGUGGUCUGAGUUCACAGAGUUUCCUCAGGAACGCAGCUCCCUCAAUCUGAUCUCAAUAGGGGGCUCCAUGUAUGCCAUAGGGGGCUUUGCCAGGGUGCCCACAGAAACCAGUGAGGUACCCAUCCCAAAAGAGAUGACAGACAUCUGGAGAUAUGAUGAGUCGGACAAGAGUUGGAAUGGGAUCUUACGGGAGAUAUGCCACGCAGAGGGAGCCACCAUUCUCCCUGUGCGACUAAACACACUCCGUCUCACAAAGUUAUAACCAAGCAUUGUUGCUGGUGUCAUAAAGGUUAUAAAGGAACAUUAGUAGUCAGGAGAAUUACAGUUUAACUUUGAAAAAUGCAGCUGUCGGGUUGCAGGACUGUUUCAUGUUACCAGCAGGGGGAGACAAUCUCAAGUUGAGAGUCAUCUUUUUACUGGUAUUUAAUAUAAACCUGAAAUCCUGAUUUGUACAUUUUCUGGAAUAGUUUUUCCAAAAAUUUUCUAUAGAGCAAAGUUAUAAUUACUGAGAAAUAAAGUUCAUAAUAAAUAUAAAUGAAUGAGCAGAAAAUAUGCUGGAGCCUCAUCCACAGUGCAAAUAAAUUUCUUCAUUUGAUCAAUAA